GAUUCAUAGUCAUAGAUUUCUUGCUGGUUCAAAGGUAUAACGUUAUACCAGUUGUACAUAUAUACAACGUGUUUCACAUUCUCACUGUGAUUGGGGCUCGGAGUGUAGCGGUGAGAUACGGCGUAUGCGAAUUCGAAUCGUGAUCAUGCAUGAUGGCGUUAUACCUGCUGAUCAUGGCAUCAAUUCAUGCUGACAGAGGCUAGAGCCUCCUUCGCUCUUCCGUUUGACCUGUUGCUUACGACUUGCAAUGGCAGCUAACUUCUCUAGUGUCCCAGUCCUCGACUUUGCUCUUGUGUCCGAUAAUGCCACGAAACCAGAGUUCAUCCUGCAACUCCGACAUGCGUUGAUAAAUGUCGGAUUCUUGUAUCUCGACAACCACACCGUCUCACAGAAAGUUACCAAUGAUUUAAUCGACUAUAUCCCCCGACUCUUUGACCUUCCCCAGGAGGCUAAGAACCAUAUUUUGAUGGCGAAUUCACCACAUUUCCUUGGGUACUCCAGGCUAGGUGCGGAAUUUACCAAAGGCAAGACGGACUAUAGAGAGCAAUUCGACUUCGCAACUCCUCAUGAGACACAGUGGAAACCCGGAGCCCCUGAGCAUCUGCGCCUAUGGGGGCCUUCCCAGUGGCCAGAUGAGGGCCUUAUCCCAGGGUUCAAAAAUACCAUGGAGACAUAUCUCCAGCAAGUGCAGGCCCUGAGCUACCAAUUCAUCAGCUUACUCGCGGAGGCUUUUGGCCUUCCUUCUGAUGCGUUGAACAAGUUUUACGAUGCUGAUAAAUUCAUGCAGCACCGCGGAAAGGUCGUCAAAUACCCCGCUAAUGAUGGUUCUUUGACUGAUCAAGGCGUUGGACCACACUAUGAUGCUGGCUUCCUGACCUUCCUUCUUGUCGCCUCACCUCAUCGCGGUCUGCAGGUACAAAACCUUUCUGGGCAAUGGAUCGACGUUCCUCCUAUCCCAGGAACGUUCGUUGUGAAUAUUGGAAAGGCACUCGAGUUUGUUACCCGCGGGUUGGCGAGAGCCACAUCGCACCGCGUCUUAUCUCCCCCUGUGGGUUCGACUCCCCGCUAUUCUGUGCCGUUUUUCCAGAACAUCAGUCUGAACGCUUGCCUCGCUGAUGAAGUCUUAGACUUCCCACCUGAGAUCCUUCAGCUCAAACAGCUUCGAGGAGAUCCUGUUCAGACUGACUCUGUCAAUUUCGCAGAAUUUGACCGCGAGCCAUCUGGAAAAGUGAACCUCAUCGGGCGGGUGAAGAGUCACCCUGAUGUUGCGCAACGUCACUACCCGGGCCUUUUCGCACAAUACUUCCCUAACGGCCUCCCACAGCAAGUCAGCGCAUAUUAAGGUUGAGAAGAGCAGACCUGUGCACUAGAUAUUACUUCCCCGCUGUACCAAAUUAUGGAAACUUCUUUUGCAGCACAUGGUUGUCAGCAGUCCUUAUAUUUUCUUAGGGAAUAUAGACGACCAUAUAUAACAGCCCCGCCGAUUUCUUGAGAAUUUUCUGGCAAGCGAGAGAUAAGAGUCCAACGUGCGAAUAUACAUUGAACAGGGCUACCAAACAAGAUAACAGCACUGCAGGAAAAUUAGAUGCGAGCGGAGGGACGGAACCGGUGUGAAGGAG